UGUGGCCCCAGGGGCCAGGCCCAGAAACAACAAAGAGACGUCAAAAUUUCUUGCUCGUUUAUACUUUUUGUCUUUUCACCAUUCCGCUACCGCUUUCGUUUUAACACUCGGGAGGGUCGCGAGAAGAAAGAGAGCAGAGUUGCUGGGCAUGUCGAAGAACGCCGUUUCAUAUGGAAAGGGCUAGUGUUACGUAGUGGGGGGAAGCGAAGUUGUCGGCUGUUUUAACGAAGAGAGGGCAUAAUUCUAUGAUACUGCCUUACCUCACCGAGAUAAAGACGAUUGAUCUACUAAAAAGUGCGUAACUGGGCGUCAAGCUCUUCAAGCGAAACUCCCAUGGCCGAGAAGCUUCUCCUUGCUUGUUUGUAAACAGCAGAGAACAAUAGCACAAUGUUGGAUCUCAUGGACCGGGCGAGCUUUCUCGUUGAGGGCGCGUUUUUUGUUUACGAAUUCGGGCAGCAGGUCGGGACCCUGGGGCUGAAACUGGUGACGACGCUGUGGCUGUGGUACUACGGAAAUUGGAAGCUCGCGUGCUGUUUCUACCUGCUGAGCAACAUCAUCGGGUCGGCCACCCUGUUUUACUACUUCUUCCGCGUCUCCUGGUUCCUGUUGCGGUAUUCCAUGGUGGAUUCGUGGCUGGCGAGCGGGGUCGUGCUGGUGCUCUUCGUGCUGCACGAAUUGCGGCUGAUCUCCGUGCCGAAAAUUUUUUGGUUUGUGUCCCGAAAACUGUCCAGCUUCCUCCACCGCCUGCUCGACGUCACGGGCGACGGGCAGUUCGACUACGAGGACGUGGCCGUAAUCGCCACGAAGCUGGUGAACUGCAUCAGCCCUACGCCGCGCAAGGUGAACACGGGCAGCCCGGCGGGAGCGGAAGGCAAGGAACUACUGGUGGUGGGGGGCAGCGCAGUAGAGCGGGGGCUGCGGGCAACGAAAGGUGGAGGUUCAGCAUCUUCUUUCAAGGCCCACAGUUCGACGGCCUCAGGUUCCGGGUCCACAACCGAGGGCGGAGCAACAAGCAGCAGUGCGUCGUCCUCCUGUGACGAUGAUGAAAACGACAACAACGCGAGUUGUGAGGGAGCUUUUGAUAGGGAACGAAAAAAAGAUGUACAAGCGACAAGUCCCUCGCGAAGGAAAAACACGAACCUGCUUAGUUGCGUCAUGAGAUGACAAUAUUAUUCGAAGAAGCAGCUGCAAGAUGAAGAACUAGUG